GGACCAAUCAGAGGUUGGAGGGGCGGGGUGUGACGUCAUGUAGCGCGUAACCUUGAAUUAGUCAAAACAGUUGACAGCAGCAGCCGGCUGUUGGAAACCUACUGGACCUUCUGAGGAAUUAUGCCUAGUUUGGUGGUGGAUGCAGAUAUUGUGACGACGAGGAGAUUGGGACCAGAACACUCCGUGGACCCGCACAGUGUGGACGCACCUGCCGCUGCUGGUGAUUCCACUCAUCUAAGCAUCAUCUUUCUUCAGUCUUCGUCCAGUUCGUCGUCUCAAGUAGUCUGGAGGACCUGGAAUGGGCCGCUGUGUCUAAAUGAAGCGCUUCAGCCAUGCAAUGUUCCUGGAAGGCGGUGAUUCUGCUGGCGUUGGCCUCCAUUGCCAUCCAGUACACGGCCAUCCGGACCCUCACGUCCAAGCCCUUCCAGCUCUGCCCGCUGCCCAGCCCCCAGAACUGUGGCGUCGGGGGCCCGGAGACCGAGGCCCCCUUUGAGCGCGGAGCGGGCGGCGGCGGCGGCGGCGGCGGCGGCGGCUGCGACGACUACCCCUACUUCUCCAGCAACGCCACCCGGAAAACCCACAUCCUGGUUCUGGCCACCACGCGCAGCGGCUCCUCCUUCGUGGGCCAGCUGCUCAACCAGAACCAGGACGUCUUCUACCUGUUUGAGCCUCUCUACCACGUUCAGACCACGCUGAUCCCCCGUCUGUCCCACAGCCGCAACGCCGCCGACCGCCGCGUGAUGCUCGGCGCCAGCAGGGACCUGCUGCGCAGCCUGUACGGCUGCGACCUGCACUUCCUGGAGAGCUACAUCAAGCCCACGCCCACCAACCACACCACCGACAAGCUGUUCCGCCGCGGCGCCAGCCGAGCGCUGUGCCUGCAGCCCGUGUGCGACGCCUUCGGACCCGCCGACGCCAACGUGGAGGAGGGCGACUGCGUGAAGAAGUGCUCCGCUCUCAACAUGACCUUGGCCACGGAGGCCUGUCGCGACAAGCGCCACAUCGCCAUUAAAAUCGUGCGGGUGCCCGAGAUCGGCGACCUCCGCGCCCUGGUGGAGGACCCCAGGCUCAACAUCAAGGUGAUCCAGCUGGUCCGAGACCCGCGCGGCAUCCUGUCGUCGCGGAUCGAGACCUUCAGGGACACGUACCGUCUGUGGCGCAUCUGGAGGGCGACGGGCAGGAGGCCCUACAACCUGGACCUGAGUCAGCUCACGGUCGUGUGCGAGGACUUCCUGAGCUCCGUCUCCACGGGGCUCAGUCACCCCCACUGGCUCAAGGGGAAGUACAUGCUGGUUCGCUACGAGGAUUUAGCCCGAAACCCCCUGCUGAAGACCAAGGAGAUCUACGAGUACCUGGGGCUGCCCAUGGAUAAGAACGUGGAGGAGUGGAUCCACGCCAACACGCGGGGCAGCAGCGAGCCCUCGGCCAAGCACAAGUUCGGCACCGUGAGGGACUCGGCGGCCAACGCCGAGAGCUGGCGCCUGAAGCUGUCCUACGACAUGGUGGAGCACACGCAGACCGUGUGCCACAAGGUGCUGCAGCAGCUGGGCUACCGGGCGGCGCGCUCGGCCCAGGAGCUGAGGAACACGUCGCUCUCGCUGGUCAUUCCUGACAGCAACAGCUGUAGAGUGAUAUAUUUAGAAGCUCAAGACAAGAGGAGAGCAAAGCUGCCCUGUCGACACCAGCAGCAUCGGAUGGACAAAAAGUCCCACAGUGGGAGCAGCCAUGGUGGAACGUCAUGUCUGGGAGCCCCGGUCCUUUCUCAGGGACGAGCAGGUUCCUGCUGCUGGAUCUGUGGCCCGUUCACUCGUUCGAACUGAGCUUGCACAGGGUUCUAAUAACACAAAUGUGAAGCAAACAUUCCAGCAGCCGAAGUGGAUGAGGAGACGAAGGCCGGACUGCAGCAGGGAGAAAGCAGCGCAGCUGUGGAGCGUUGUAGAGCUGCUGGGAGGUCACCGUGACAGACGGACGCUGAAUGAUGCAUCACAUGACCUUCAUGAUUCAGUGACCCUGGCAGCAUUUGUUACUCGGCUCCAAGCCUGGAUGAGUCUGUGUCCUGCUCCACAUUCACUGAUUGAAAAAGAAACGUGUUUCAUUUGAACCAGCAUCUCGUUGUUCACCUCUAAAGAGCCAAGUGUGUGUGUGUGUGUGUGUGUGUGUGUGUGUGUGUGUGUGUGUGUGUGUGUGUGUGUGUGUGUGUGUGUGUGUGUGUGUGUGUCAUGAUGUCUGCCUGCCUGCCUGCCUGCCUGUCUGUCUGUCUGCCUGCCUGCCUGCCUGCCUGCUUGCCUGUCUGUCUGCCUGCCUGCCUGUCUGUCUGUCUGCCUGCCUGCCUGCCUGCCUGUCUGUCUGUCUGCCUGCCUGCCUGCCUGCUUGCCUGUCUGUCUGCCUGCCUGUCUGUCUGUCUGUCUGUCUGUCUGUCUGUCUGCCUGUCUGUCUGUCUGUCUGUCUGUCUGUCUGUCUGCCUGCCUGUCUGCCUACCUGCCUGCCUGUCUGUCUGCCUGUCUGUCUGUCUGCCUGCCUGCGUCUUUGCCACGUUGACUUAGCGGAUCAAUGCACACCUUGCAGGUCGACCUGAUGGAGUCUGAGACGUUUGUAUGUGGUGAGAGAAAUGAUGAAAAAAACAACAUCAAUAAAUAAUUGAGUGUUCACUCAGACAGUGACCCGUCAGAACCUGGACUGUUUCCUGUUCAACCUCUCACAAAUGCAGGAAACUGGAAUUGUGACCAUAAUCAUUUGUGGCCGUGAACUUGGUGCACAUCAUCCAAAUCACCUCGUAAAUGCACAAGUAUCACAUUCAGGAACCUGGAGUCCUGGGACUCUGAGACCUGGCUGCUGCCUGUUGCAGCUCCUGCAGUGGGGCUGAGCUGGUCCCGGGAAGCGAGCGCGGACGUCCUCGGCUCUAAUGCAAAGCACAUCCUGGCGCGGCCCCCGGGAGCCUCAGGCUGCGUGUGCUCCACAUCAGCCAUCACUCACAUGGAGCCGCAGACCUUGGCUCCCUCCCGGAGGUUUGAGGGGUGAGGCCUCGCUGGGCUCACGCCUGUCAGGGUCUGAGGAGGCGUCGCCUCGGGUUCGGCUCGUCGGCCUUCGUUCAGGGAGCAGCGAAGCAGCGAGAGAUGCUGGUGUGAACGCUGGGAUGCUGUAACGCGUGAGGAAUCCAGUGUUGAGGAGGUCAGUGACUCAGAGCAGCAUGUGUCCAGCGAACACGUGACAGUUUUGCCCCACUCCUUGUUGGGGGCGAGGUUGGGCCCAACCAUUACCCAGAAUGCACCGUGGUUACUAAGCGCCUGAACCGUAGUUAUGACUGUGUUUGACUGCGCUGACCUUUCUUCUGUUUUUGUCUUUCACUUAUUGGCUCACUCAAAGGCAGAAUUCAUUUUCCUCUUCCUCUUUUAGACUCAGGACGCUGACGCUCGUGCUGCGCUAAACAACAGUGCGAGUGGAGAGGGAAAUAAAAAUAGCCUGGCAUGUCAGCAGGGGUUUACGAUGGCCUCUUUUCCUCUGAGAACUCAUAUCACAGCGCGUCCUACCCACGUCAUGUACAAGAGACUAAUGGAGCAGAGCUGGUUUAGCCUGACACCUUAAAACACAUUGUUAUUGAUGAGCUGCUGCUGUUUCGUAUCAGCCUCCUUUCUCACUCUUGAUAAUCACACAAUUGUUUGGUGCUAUUAAAAGAACUGCCUUGUCCAUUUGCUUGGGGGAUUUUCCAGAAGCUUUAAUGAACAGCAGUUUGUUCUUCCAGACAGAAGCAGUGAGAGUCAGACUCAUGGAAACAGGUGAACGAGGUGGAAGCUGCGCCUCCACCAGAGUUCAGGCAUUUUUCUCUUCUGCAAAUGAAUCCGUUGGUGGCACAAGUCAGUUAUGUUUUAUGAGUCUUGGGCAGCGAUGUGUUUUUUUUUCCUGCGUAUAGUUGCAUAUGAACAAGAACAUUUUUAUAAUCUGAACAAUAUUGAAAAUUGACUGAUUUAUUUUCAGGUCAUCUCAAAAAGUCUGUUCCUGCCGCUGAGCAAAACAAAUGAUUUGACACAAACAGGAAGGAGGAGACAACACAUUCAGCACCACGGACAGCGCUCUUAAACCCACUAAGCUCCAUUUUUAUCACUUUCAAAUAUCUCAUCAUACCCAGUUGUGAUGCUUUGACCCCAGUUACUGCUUGGUCACUUCAGGUGCUGGUGUAACAGCCUGGAUUUAUGCACUAAAAACGAAAUCCCACCAUCUUUAAGAUCCAGUUACGUAGAUUUUUGCAUUCCAGCCUCCUGGUGAGGUGAUGCUCAGCGGCAAAUCCAGACUCCAGCCGUCGCCUCUUGUUGCACAUCCAUCCGGUUACUGAUCCUUACUACCACAAGCAGCUAAUGCUUCCUGCUAACAGUCACCCCAUCACCUCUGGUGCCCCCAACCAUUAGUGACCCUGCCAACCGAGCUCCUAGUAGUUUGAAGGACAGGAGGCAGAGGCCAGAGGCUUCCAGACCAAGGGCUGGAUUAGCUACUAAUCCCUGGAGGUAUUUCUCCUCCUGCCACCCACUGCUUUUCAGGAAUCUGCUUGGUUUCAAGAGAAGGAAGUUGAGUGGGUCAGACGUGGGAGCGUGCACAGGGACAGACAGGGAAGCACAAAAACAUUUUCCUAAACCUAAACCUUUACUUCCUGAUUACAGGUCAUCUGCAUGCAUACAUUCAGAUAAAAUGGCCUUUUGUGACCUGCAAACUAGUUAAGAAUUGCAAUUUUCUGACAUAAUUGCUUUUCCUCCAUCGGUUUUGUAUUAUGUUAAUCGUCCAUAUGUACAAUGACUUUGUAUAAAAACACCCACAGUCACAUUCACAUUGUUUGGUGACAUUAUAAAACAUGUCACUGUGUUAAAUACAGUAAAACACAGGCUGUGAUUUUUCUCUGUAAUAUUUAUUUGCUGUGAUUGACAGGCCUUGAUGAGGGCACAAUAAUGAGAUCAUCAUUGCGUAGCCAUGUGACUAAUUACUGUGUCAUAAUCACUGCCAUCAAGGAAUUUAAUGCUGAGCCCUCAUUUGCAGAGGGUAAAAUAUUCAUGCUCUUGUGGUGGAAGUUGAGCAGCUUGAAUUUUAAAAUGAUUAGGUCCUAAAAAGGGACGUUGCGCUGAUCAGUUAUUCUGGUUCUGCUUUGGGUUUGAGACACAGAACCAGAAUACAGAAACUAGGGCACAGACCUAAUGAUUACUUGUCAGAGAACAUUUGUAUUUGGUCGCAUUAAAUCAAAAGCAAAAUGUGGGACUAAUUUCAAUUGUGCGAUUGUCAGAACGACUCUGGCUUUUUAUUUGUUUGUGGGCUCUCGCUCCUUUUCGCCCCAUCUUCUGUUUCCCCAGUAGAGCAGAUUGGAUUAUACUGAGGAGAGGCAGUAGAAUUAGUGUUGGAUCGCUGCGUCGCAUAUGCUCCCCUGGGAGAGAUGGUUUUGAAGAAAGGAUGCGUGUUGGGUGAGA